AUGCAGCUUCUCCUGGGCGUCUUAGCACUUCUCGCUGGCUUCUGGAAGAGCCUGGGAACGCUGGCCUGGCCCUUCUGUCGCAGCUGGCUUUCUCGCGGGCCUUCUUUGGGAUUCCUGCGCCUGGUGUCGCUGCAAAAGACCGAGCUGCGCGAGAAGGCACUGCAGGCAGUCACAGAGGCCUUGGCCACGUCCUUGCCAUUCAGCGCUUCGAGCGUCUACAUCGACUACGUCGCGCUCUCCUUAGGUUUCCUCGUGGGUGUGCGGCUGCGCGUGACGAAAGUGGAGGUUGUGCUCCAGCGCGAGCCUGAUGAGGCGCGUUGGGCCAAGGCCGAGGAGGCCGUUCGCUCAGCGUACCGCCUGGCUGCAGCCGGUCAGGCCAGUUCAAAGCGAGGACUCGUGGCGAAUGCAAAGAGACCGUCGCCGCCGACAGGUAUGCUGGCCAGACUGGUGGAAAUGUUCAUCGCUGGCACACAUGUCUCGGUAGACGAGGUCGUGGUGGUCUUCCAGAGUCCCACAGGGGAUGAGGAGCUGAAGCUUUGUUUCGGCCUCGAGCUGAACACCUCGCGGUCUUGGAAGAUUGAGCUGAGGGGUACGCACCUAAGUGCGCACGCCACGCUGCGAGCCGAAGCUGGAGGACAGGGGCUCCUUCUGCCCACUGCUCUGGCCUUGGACGGCCACCUGCCGCGAGUGCUACGGACGCUGUUGAUGCCAAAGCGCAUGCCCAACAAGACGGCUAUUCUGGAUGCGUCUGUGGAUCCUGUGUCGCUGCUUCUCUGCCCCGCUGGUGCGAAAGCGCUGAACAGCAUCAGCGACACCAUGGCGCGCUUCGGGAUCUGGAAGAAGGAGAUCGAAGACGUCGAAGACCGCGACCGCAUGUCGCUGACGGCGUCCGACCUCCGAAACUUUAUUGAGGCGAUCAAAAGCCGGAAGAAGGACCUCAGCCAGUGGGAGCAGCACAUGUCUGCCAAGGAAGGGGUUGUGCCGAACAACUUCUUCCUCUUGUCCACGCGGUUGUGUGCGGACAGAUGGCGGCCCCUGGACCUGGACAACAGGACCGACCUCCGCACGUGGACCGACCUCCGCGCCACCCUCGAGACGUACGGUGGCUACGUCGGCCAAAAGAGCAUUGCCAGGAUGGUCUGUCGACAGCUACUGAAGGUCCCGGGCCUCUCCAUGGAAACUGGCGGCAGCAGCCGGCUGGGCGUGGUGCACGUCUUCCAAAAUCCUUUUUGCAAGUUCUUGCGAACCUCCUGCACAAUCUUAGCAAUGCUUCGCGUCUACAUGGUUUCCGGAGACGAGCUGGCUGCCAUACCGGUCACGGCCGUGAGCGACGUGCGGGAGUUGAAGCAGCAGUUGCAGAAGCACUGCGGCGUGCCACGAUUUAGGCAGCGGCUCCUUCGAAAUGGGGAUCUGCUGGAAGAUCACGUGGCGCUCGACGCUGCUGGAAAUUUGCAAUUGGUUCUUUUGCCUUUCGCCCCGGCUUCUCAGAAGCACGUCGAGGCGCUAACUCUUGCUGCCGGAAAUGGCGAGAUCAGCGAAGUUGAUAGGAUGCUUCAUGAACUCCAGGAUCCCAACUUGCUCGCCGGGGGCGCCGGCACCACGGCACUUCACCGCGCGGCGGCCGCGGGACAUCGGGACGUGGCGCGACUUCUGCUCGAGGCUGGCGCAGACCACGACCCUCCAAGCCGCAACUUGGGGAGAACUCCUCUCCACAUGGCUGUCGACAACGGGCAUGCCAGUGUCGUCGAGUUGCUGAUGUAUGCAGGCGCUGAUAAGCAGCGGCCCAACAACUUUGGACAAACCCCACUCUGGGUGGCAUCGCGAGCAGGUAAUGCGACCAUUCUACAUGCACUUCAAGGCGAAUGCUGA